AUGAUUCCACAGCUUUACAAACUGUGUAGGAUCAGUAACAAAGUCUAUAGGAUCAGUAAUAAAGUCUAUAGGAUCAGUAAUAAAGUGUUUAGGAGUAAAUUUCAAGGUUCAACUUCGUUUGUAUAUUUCAAUCUUAUCAAACUUCAAAAUCAAUUAUCUCACUUCCCAGUUGCACAUUAUGGAACUUUUUUACACAGAUUCAACUCACCCAAUCUAUUUCCAACUGUAUCAUUAGCCACUGGAAUUUGUAACACUAACUCCCUCAGUAACAGUACUAAAUGUAUAAGUACGUUGAAGAGAAGAAAGUUUAAGAUAAAGAAGCAUAAGAAGAAGAAGCGGAAGAAGCGCUGGUCGAGGAUGAGUUUGAUACCGUGGCGACCUGCCCAGGAUCUGAAACAAACAUACCAGUCACCAGCCAAAAUAAGAAGAAUAGUAAAAGAACGCAGGAGAAGAAAUAAAGGAAAUCGGACACUCCGAAUACCCAGACAAAGAUAAACAUAAUAUAGUCACUAGUG